ACGGAGGAUUCUUUGGUAAGCCUGCUGCAAAAUCUUGCAGACGUGGAGUUUACAUUCAAGAAUCUGAAGGAAACAGAUAUAGGAAGGCAUGUGAACUGCUUUCGCAAGCAUCCGUCGCCAGAAGUACGGCAAUUGGUUUCAGGUUUGAAGUCGAUUUUAGGUCAUUCUCUCUCAGGAAGUCCAAAUUCUUAGACAUCUUUUCGAAGUUUAGAAUGGUUGUCAUCUGAGAGUAUCUGUAACAUCUCAGAGAAAUAAUUGGCCAAUACCCUCACCUCCCUAUCGAGUUGAAGGCCACCCAGCUGGCUAAACCUUUUCUGCAUCAUGAUGACUUCGAGUCUCUCCACUAUGAAGUCUAUCAUCAGGUGGACAAAGGAGUCAUAGUUGCUGGAUGUAGCCACACCAUAUUUGGCGCUUCCAAGUUCCAAGAAGCAAUCUUUGCUUGCAAUUUUUGAGUUUCUUCAGAGAUUGGACUUUUUUUUAUCAAAGAUUGAGGUUUUUGGGUUUUGUUGCACUUAUUAAAUUUUUUUUAUCAUUUAAAAAAAAAAAAAAUUAGCGAGUCCGCCUUGGCCCCAAAUGCAUUGGCCGCCUCUGCGUGCUGGCGGCUUGUUAACAACAAAAUACUCCGAAUACAGCUCAGAUAUCUUCUAAUUUUGUAUAAAGAUAAUAUAGAGGAGUCCAAGACCAAUCUUAUUUUAUUAGAUCAGAGAUUGUGAUUGUAUCUUUCGUGCAACGGAAGGAUUCACCUUUCCUCCUGCGAAUCCACCAUUGGAUCACCCACUGGUCACUUUGAGAUAUGUGCAGGUAGUGAGUGAUGGAGCCCGGAGCGCUUUGAUGUCCGUGCGGUGGGUGAUCCAACGGUUGAUUCGUUCGAAAGACACAACCCGGAUCCACGUCGGCCGUUUGCCGCUAUUUUUUUUGGCCCAACAUUAGGAUAACAAGAAACAACGACGACCGAGAGAGAGAGAGAGCGAAAGCGCCGUGAACCACAUUAUAAACACACGUAUGCCCAGAGAGGGGGGGCGCGCGCGAGGAAGGGAGAGAGAGAGAGAGAGAGAGAGAUGGGAGGAGAAGAUGAGAGUCCUCUGUUUGAGACGAAGGGAGAAAAGGGAAGGAUUUGGUAUAAACUUUAUGCUUUCUCUGUGUUCGUUGGGUUGUGUUUAAUCUGGGUGUACAGAGCUAGCCACAUCCCAAAGCUUGGAGAAGAAGGGAGGUGGAUUUGGUUGGGGCUCUUUGGAGCUGAGCUCUGGUUCGGUUUCUACUGGGUUCUCAACCAAUCCGUGCGCUGGAAUCCAGUAUAUCGUCGCACCUUCAAAGAAAGGCUCUCCAAGAGAUACCAAGCCAAGUUGCCCAAUGUCGAUGCUUUCGUGUGCACGGCAGACCCAAUGAUAGAACCACCAGCUAUGGUGAUCAGCACUGUUCUUUCAGUCAUGGCAUACGAGUACCCGCCGGAGAAGCUUAGUGUCUACCUCUCUGAUGAUGCUGGGUCUGAGCUCACAUUCUAUGCUCUCCUAGAGGCGUCUCGCUUUGCAAAGUCUUGGAUACCCUUUUGCAAGAAGUUCAAGGUGGAGCCUAGAUCUCCAGAUGCAUAUUUUAAUGGAGAAUGUAUGUGCCCAAAAGAUGGCCUACAAGCUGUUGAAUGGGGAAAAAUAAAGAGCCUGUACACAGAGAUGGAGAACCGAAUCAAUGAUGCCGUAAAAUUUGGGAAGGUUUCAGAAAAUAUUCGCAAACAGCAUAGAGGAUUUCUUGAGUGGAACAGGGCUACAACUUCUCGAGAUCACCAAGCUAUUCUCCAUAUUUUAAUUGAUGGGAGAGAUACGAAUGCUAUUGAUGAUGAAGGCUUUACGCUGCCCACAUUGGUUUACAUGGCUCGUGAGAAGAGACCCUAUCGCCACCAUAAUUUCAAAGCUGGAGCUAUGAAUUCUCUGGUAAGGGUUUCAUCAGAGAUUAGUAGUGGAGCAGUCAUGCUCAAUGUUGACUGCGAUAUGUAUUCGAGCAAUUCAGAAACUGUAAAAGAUGCAUUAUGUUUCCUUAUGGAUGAAGAGAAGGGCCAUGAGAUCGCAUAUGUGCAACUUCCACAGCUCUUCAAUAACAUAACCAAGAAUGACAUUUAUGGCAGUUCACCAAUGUGGGCUUGGAAGGACUUUCAUGGUUUGGAUGGAUAUGGCGGGCCUCUGUACGUGGGAUCUGGUUGUUUCCACAGAAGAGAGAGUCUCUGUGGGAAACACUUCAAUGAAACUUGCAAAGCAGCACUUCGAGCGAAUGAGAGGAACAUGGAAGCUAGUGCAUCCACUUUGGAGGAGAGAGCAAAAAGUCUUAUUACCUGCACCUAUGAGGAUAACACUGAAUGGGGAAAAGAGAUGGGUUUGAAGUAUGGAUGCCCGGUGGAGGAUGUGAUCACUGGCUUGGCAAUCAAAUGCAGGGGAUGGAAAUCCAUCUACUUCAAUCCUUCGAGAGCGGGUUUCUUAGGUGUUGCCCCUGUGACAUUGGCGCAGACGCUAGUGCAGCACAAGAGAUGGUCUGAGGGGGAUUUCCAGAUAUUCUUAUCCAAGUAUUGCCCCUUCCUCUAUGGGAAGGGGAAACUAAAGCUGGGCCUUCAAAUGGGAUACAGUAUAUAUUGCCUAUGGGCUCCUUGCUCCUUUCCAACACUGUACUACGUUAUCAUCCCCCCCUUCACCCUUCUGCAUGGCAUUUCCUUGUUUCCAAAAGCAUCUGGCAUAUGGUUCAUGCCAUUCUCAUAUGUGAUCGCUGCUACAACUAUGUUUAGUUUAUGGGAGGCAUUUUUGUUUGGAUGUACCAUGAAAAGGUGGUGGAACGAGCAGCGGAUGUAUUUGUUCAAGAGAUUGGCUUCUUACCCCUUCGCGUUCGUUGACACAAUUUUUCGGCAUCUGGGUCUUAACAAGUCUACAUUCAUCAUCACUGCGAAGGUGGCUGACGAAGAGGUCUCAAAGAGAUACAAGCAAGAGAUGAUGGAGUUCGGCUCGCCUUCUCCCAUGUUCACAAUCCUAGCGACGCUUGCGAUGCUCAACCUCGUCUGCCUCAUCGGUGGAGCCAAGAGGUUGGUGUUGGGUGAAGGAAUUGGUCUACUUGGCUCCAUGCUGCUGCAGUUUGUUCUCUGUGCGUCCGUCGUUCUCAUCAACAUGCCCGUCUACCAAGCAAUGUUCUUCCGUAAUGAUGGGGGACGCAUGCCAACCUCCAUCACAUUGACUUCGGUUGCUCUGGCCAUCUCUCUACUUUUUGUAUUCUUGAGCCUUCUGUUGAGUGUGUGGUCAGCUGCUGGAAUUAGGUUUGUGAUAGACAGGGAAGAAUGUUUCUCUCAUUCAGUUCCCUACGAAGGAGAUACAGUUCUUGUGUCGUUCGUUGUGAUCAAAGCUGAAAGGUCGUGGCAUUAUGGUGAUGAGGGUGUUGAUUUUGUGGUGAAGGGCCCUCAUGGUGAUCAAAUCCACGAUGCUCGUGACAAGACAAGUGAAAAGUUUGAAUUCAUAGUCCAGCAAAAAGGUCUUCACCGUUUCUGUUUCACCAACAGGUCCCCUUACCAUGAAACCAUUGACUUUGAUAUACAUGUGGGCCAUUUCACACAUUUUGAUCAGCAUGCAAAAGAUGAGCAUUUUGCCCCUUUGUUGGAACAAAUUUCUAAGUUAGAAGAAGCUCUUUACAAUAUACAGUUUGAGCAACACUGGCUGGAGGCACAGACUGACCGCCAAGCACUUGUGAACGAAGGGAUGAGCAGGAGGGCAAUGCACAAGGCACUUCUUGAAUCAGCAGCACUCAUUGGAGUUAGUAUGCUCCAAAUUUUCCUCCUCCGUCGCCUUUUUGAGCGGAAGCUUGGCAUGUCAAGGGUUUAGGCCUCUCAUCACUGCAGAGUAUUGCUAACCUCUCAAAGAACAGAUACUUGAACUUUUGAGGACCUUCACCAUAUUUGUACUUCCAUUCUUUAAAUUUUGUAUUGUGUUUUUUAAAGUUGCGAUGAAAACCUUUCUUGAUGGAAAAUUUUUAAACUAUUAUGGCUUUUUGUGUAUUAAGUAGUUUAUAUAUA